CCACCCUUGUGCUGCGCUCAGCGCCUAAGCAAAAGCGAAGAUGCCGUUCGGAUUACCGAGGAUCAGGAGUGUGCGGCGCAAGGAAGAAGAUAGUGACGCUCAUGCUCAAGUCUGCAAGGCCACAAGCCUGGAUCCUAAAUGUCCGACCGAGUCACAGUUGAAGAAGAUCGCGGAAAUGACCUAUCAUAGACCACAAUUCCAACAAGUCAUGGAGGCGAUAACCAUCAAGCUUGUCGGAACGGAUGGUGAUUGGCAGCACAUUUAUAAAGCCCUCAUCCUAUUGGAGUAUUGUCUUCGCGCUGGUUCGAGAGAUGUGGCUCUCCACUUCAGAGGACAGUUCUAUGUCAUCGACGUCCUGGAACGUUUCCAAUGCGUCGACGAGAAACAUAUCGAUCAAGGAUUACACAGAAGGACGCACUCGUUGCAUCUUGAUCCUGGCGAGGAUCGGCCGACUGAGGAGGAGCUAAUACAACAGGCCAUCGAGCAGAGUAGAAGAACGCAACAACUUUCUGGUGGUUCGAAUCCAGCUGUCCGUCCCAUUCAGAUCCCAGAGUCGAAUCUCGAUUUAGAAAGGGACGGGGAUGAACGUGAGCUUCACUAAAUACUUUCACCUUUCUUUUUCCUGUCUUUUUUUCUGACCUUUCUUUUGGAAUCAGGAUUAGGGUUCCAACCGAGUUACUACCAGAAGAAAGUCCUAGAAGCGACGAAUAAUGAUCCGGAAGGUCCAAGCGAGGAACAAAUGA